AACUUCCGUUCUAAAAAAGCCAUGUGGAUGGCGGGUUUGACAUGAAAAUUUAAACAUAGCUAUUUUAUCGAUUUGAGAAUGAAGAAAGUGUCGGCAUUUUCUGUUUUUCGUUCACGUAAGGAAAAAGGUGACACACCUAAAGUAAGUAAUGAAGAAGAGAAAGGAAAUAUCAGGAGAGCUUCUAGUACACCAAUGAUAAAAACUGAUGAUGGCAAGAGUGCAAAAGGAAAAAAACUUUUGAAAGUGUUGAAAGGUGGUAGCUUAAGGCAAAGUAUGAGAGGAACCCCAAAAUCUAGGCCAUCGAUCUUAAAGAUGGUGGAGGAUCAAGCUGUAGCAGGGGACUCAGAUUCUGUCACCUUGACCAGUGUCAAGUCUAACCCAGAUCUGUUGACUGUUACUUCAACAUCUAGUAUGGUCACUAGAAAAAGAUCUCCAAAGACAACAGUUCUUGUCAGUGCUACCAAUGACACUCCAUCUUUGCCAAAAGUUCCAAUCAAUAAGCCAGUUAGAAUUGGCCUUCCUCCAAAGAGUCAAAAACCAACAAAUGCUGGAUCACAAAAUUCUCUAAAUAUUAUGAAAACAUCUCCUAAAUCGAAAUCAUCACCAAACCUUGGUGUAGCUGCAUUACAAAUUGCAAGACCUUUGAGUUCAGAGAAAUCAGGGAAAAGACAACGUGAAGAUGGUGACACAGAGCCCAGUAAAAAGAAGAAAACUGGGAAAGAAGACAAGAGUAUGGAGGAUAUAGAACAAGUGAUGAGUUUUACUGACGAGAACAACACAGGAGUGUGGGACCAUAACUUGCCUUAUAUGUUCAACAGUACAGAAGAAGCCAAGAAAAUAUUUGAGUGUCUAAUUCACCCCAUCAAACCUGAUAAGUUCUUCAAAGAGCUAUGGGAGAGGAAACCUUUGUUAGUUAGAAGACAUUUAGAGAAUUAUAAUGAUGGCUGGUUUAGUACUGCUGAAUUAGAUAAAAUUUUAAGACAGGAAAAUAUUCACUUUGGUGUAAAUUUAGAUGUGACCACAUUCACUGAUGGAAAACGAGAAACUCACAAUCCUGCAGGUCGAGCCCAUGCUCCUGUUGUUUGGGAUUUUUAUCAGAAUGGUUGCUCAGUUAGAAUGUUAAACCCUCAGACAUAUUCCAGAAAUGUUUGGAAAUUAUUAUCAGUUUUACAAGAAUAUUUUGGAUGCUGUUGUGGUGCUAAUGUGUAUUUGACACCACCUGGAACACAAGGCUUUGCUCCCCAUUAUGAUGAUAUAGAAGCAUUUAUUCUACAAUUAGAAGGCAAAAAAUACUGGCGAUUGUAUAGCCCCAGGUCUGAUGCAGAAACAUUGCCAAGAUUAUCUAGUGGUAAUUUUUCUGAGGAUGAUAUAGGAGAACCUAUAUUGGAUGUUGUACUAGAACCUGGUGAUCUGUUAUACUUCCCAAGGGGAGUAAUCCAUCAGGGUAAAGCUUUAGAAGAUACACAUUCAUUGCAUAUUACUGUUUCCUGUUACCAGAAAAAUACCUGGGGAGAUCUUUUGGAAAAGCUAAUGCCAAGAGCUUUACAGGUUGCAAUUGAAGAGGAUGUUGACUUUAGAAAAGGUCUUCCAAGAGAUUACAUGGAUGUCAUGGGAAUAGCUAAUUCUGAUAUAGAUAAUCCCCAAAGGAAGGUAUUUUUACGUAAGAUUCAGCAGUUAAUGACAAAAUUGAUCAGUUACGCACCAGUGGACUCUGCUUGUGAUCAGUUAUCUAAACAUUACAUACAUGAUAGCUUACCACCUGUUCUUUCGGAAGCUGAAAAAUCUUGUAGUGUACAUGGUGAUGGAGAACGAUGGGAGAAAAGUAAAAAAUGUGUUGUUGGUACUGCUGAGAUGGAACCAGAUACACAGAUCAAAAUUAUUCGCAAAGGAGUUCUCAGGUUAUUAACAGAAGAUGAUGAUGUCAGAAUUUAUCAUUCACUUGACAAUACUCGUAUCUACCAUGGAUCUGAUCCACAAUAUAUAGAAAUAUCUGCAGAGGCUGGACCUGCAGUUGAGUACCUCAUCCACUCCUAUCCUGAAUAUGUCGCCAUUGACAGUCUUCCUUUAGGAACAUUGGAUGAAAAAAUUGCCAUAGCAUCAGUUUUAUAUGACCAUGGAUUACUGCUGACUAGUGAACCUUUGGGUCCAAUUGACGAUGAUGAAAGCUCAGGUGAACCUGACAAUUGUUGAUUGUAAAAGUUUGAUCAUGACUUGACUGGCCAUCUGAGUGGAAUCUCUCCAGGGCUUGUCCUUGGGAAAGGCAAUAAUACUAUCAGUUAACCCAGGUUUCAUGUAACCAUGUGAUGUAACAGGAGAUUUACUUUUUGUAUGAAAUAUUAGUACUGUCAGUACUGCAGUAUGGUUUCAGGAAGAAAUUAAGGCAUUAGAGAAGCAGCUUUUUAUUUUUGCUUUAUUGAGCUUUUUAAAUGCUAAUCAUGCUGACGAGCUUUAUAUUUUGCCAUGGAAUAGGUGAACAGACAAACAAAUGUAGUGACAUUAAUGUUCUGUUAUAUAUAGUAAUCUUUAAAGAAGAAGAUUCAUUUAUAUUUGACAUUACAUGUAUAUAAGAAGGAGUUGAUUUUUUAAUAUCAGUACAAUAAAGUUUAUUUAAAGAUUAAUAUUAAAAACUUCAUUUUGUGUACAAGUCUUGUCAUGAAUGUGGCCGGACAAUUAAUCAAUCAACAACGCAAGAGAAAAAAGUGAUACAUCAAAAAGGAAUUUUCCAAACAUGCAUAUCCAGAGUGUUUUAAACCUUAAUUUUUAGUAGAAUGCAUAUAAACAGAUACAUGUGUAUUGUUUAAAAUUUUAUUCAGAAUUUUAUUUAUUUAUACAACUUCAAAAUAGUGUGUAUAUUAUUUUAUGAAUGAAACAAAAUUGUUUCACUGUAGAAGAAUGAUAGUAUUAUAAUGUUUGACUUAUUUUGUAACAUGAUAAAAAAACUGGUUGUGAUUCAAUAUUACUUUAGUGUGUUUUAGAUUCUUAUCUUUUUUACACUUUAUGUAUACUACACACAAUAGAUACAGUGUAUAUUGAAACAUCACAACAAAGGAAAAAAAAAACCAAUUGAGUCAAUAUGCUGUAAUAUAGCCACUUAUACAUUCAUAUUUUUAAAUUGCCUUUAAGCUUCAACAUAUAGUUAUAAACCUUAGGAAAGACUACUUAAUGAAUAUUAGAUUAAGUGCUACAUAGUUUCUAUUCAAAUUAGGUUGAAAUAGAUUUUUUUAUUUGAAUUACAUUUAGUGAACAGUAUUCCACCCAACAUCCAAUAAAGUAGAAUGAAAUAUAACAUCUCUGAUUUGGAGAAAAAACUGGUGAAUGAUUGUUUUCUUAUAAAGUUAUCUGCAGGAUAUGGCAGAUUUUGUGUAUUAUUAUUGUAUCAAUGUUCACUACAGAAAAUGGUUGUUAAGCAACCAACAAUCAAUCAACCACUACAUGAAAAUAAUCAAGAAAGCUUAAACAGUAGAUUAAUAUAGAUACAGGGCCUUCAUCAAACUACUUUCUUGUAUUUCCAUAGUCAUUUUUGAAACAUGUGUUAAGUUUCUAUUAGUUGAAUUGAUAGAAAUAACUGACUUAGAUCCUUAUAUGGAAGUUAGAUAUAAACAUUGCUUUAACACAUUAUUCAAACAUUUGAUUUAAGAAGUUAGAAAUAGUUUUCACUUUUUGACUCCUUUUGUAAGGUAAAACAUUACCAUAGUAACAUAAUAAAAUAGUGUUGAAAACUUUGACAAAUAGAUGUUAAUUUUGAAGAAUCCCUCAACAUACUACUUGACUAUUGAGGAAAACUGUUUAAUGAUUUCACAACUGUAUAUUUCAGACUUUUACACGAAAUAACUAUAAAGAAUAAUUUUGAUUUCAGUGCUAGUCAUUUCUAUAUUGUAUUUUAUGUGAUAUGCAUUUUUAUUUGUCCUGUUUAUAAUGAAAUACAUUAAAGAUAUGUUGGACUUUCAAUCAUUGAUUGCCUCAAAG